AUGCACGCACUUGUACCCUCACAACUCAACAAGAUGUAGACAGUGGAGAUAAACACGAUAGAAAGACAUGGCCAUGUGCUGAAAAGCUGAACGGUAACUAUAAAAAAGAUCCUGACCUAAAAUCUGGAUCAGGCCAGGAGAGCGCACCCACUCCCGAAUCUGAGCAGCGUCCAGGUUCACAGGGUGGGCCACCCACGCCUUCCGGUUGUCACGUUGCCGCGAGGACGAACAGAGCAGCAGCCGAUGUAACCACUGAACAAAGCCCCUUGGCCAGGAUUCCCGAACAGAUACCGUGUAAGGCGUACGUUGGACGCAGUGACUUGCUGAGUAUUGCCGCAAUUCCCGAACAGAUGCC